UCGUCCCGAGCCGUUUUUUCACGUUCCCGAGGCCUGGCGAGGGCCCCUGGUGGCCGAAACCGGCGCCCCAAACCCGCCGCCCCAAUGUGUUUCGGAGCGUCGGAUCUCUGGGUGUUGGCCCUAAUCACCGCCCUUCUCCGCAGCCGCUCCCGCUCGAGCAAUCGUGGCCGGAGCUCCAGCCUCGCCGCGCCGCCGCGCCUCGCCGCGCCGCGCUGCGGGCCGGCGCCCGCUCGUCUCAGCAGCAUGGGUCAAGCUCCCAGUGCGGCAGAGGAUCUGCCCGGGGAGCAGCGUCUCAGCGGCACGAGUCAAGCUCCCAGUGCGGCAGAAGAUCUGCCCGGGGAGCAGCGGGGUGCUCGCGUCGGGGAGAUCCGCGCCAUGCUGGACGCCCUCGGCUUCGACCUGCGGGCUGGCUUCUCGGAGCGGCGCCUGCGGGAGCUGGUCCAGCAGGAGGUCUACUGGCUCGGGCCAGAGCUCCGGGACCCGUCCAACGGCUACUACCUCGCCGCGGGCAUCAAGAUCCUGUUGGGCGGCGGAGGGAAGGGCGGCACGCUGCCGCGCGGCUACAGCGUCGACGUGCGUCUGGGACACGGCGCAGCGACUGUGACCCUCCUGGCAGGCCAGCACGGGAAGCAGACCAUGCUGGAGGCGUGCGGCAUCAACCGCCGAGCGACCGUUUUUUUGUCGCACUGGCAGGGGGAACCUGUCCGAGACACGCUGUCUGGCAUGGAGGACUUCGUGCAGCGGGCCAGCAAGUCCAGCGACGAGCCGGUGUUCUGGCUGGACUUCUUUGGCUUAGACCAGAACAACAUCACCUGGACGAAAGACAAGGAUCGGAGCGCACGAAGCGCACGAUCAUGGGGCCGACAACUCUGGCGGUGAUGAUGAGCCCGUGGGAGGGUGGUAAGACUCUACAGCGGGCAUGGUGCUGCUUGGAGAUCGCUCUGCAUGCCCUCGUUGGCCAUGACAUCGUCAUCGUGCUCACGCCAGCUGAGAAGGAGCGUUUCCUCGACGCGUUCCGCAAAGACUUCCACAGCAUCAUGAACAACACGUGCACGGUGGAUGUGCUGAAGGCGGAGGCGACGAAGAAGGAGGAUAAGGAGUGGGUGGUGAAGGAGAUGCAGGCCGUGGAGGGCGGCGUCCCGAAGAUCAACCAGAUGAUCAUCUCUUCGAUCUUCGCUGCCCUGACGCAGGUCGCGCGCAGUGCAGUAGAGAGUGCUGGUGGUGACAAGGACGCCGAAGUGGCCAUGCUGUGCAACAACCUGGCCCGGCUCCUCAAGGCCCGGGGCCAGUACGGCGCGGAGACCGAGGGGCUCAUGCGGCGGGCCCUGGCCAUCGGCGAGAAGGCCCUCGGGCCGCAGCACCUCGACGUGGCCAUCUGGUGCAACAACCUGGCCCGGCUCCUCCAGGCCCAGGGCCAGUGCGGCGCGGAGGCCGAGGGGCUCAUGCGGCGGGCCCUGGCCAUCGGCGAGAAGGCCCUCGGGCCGCAGCACCCCGCCGUGGCCACCUGGUGCAGCAACCUGGCCACGGUCCUCCAGGCCCGGGGCCAGUGCGGCGCGGAGACCGAGGGGCUCAUGCGGCGGGCCCUGGCCAUCGGCGAGAAGGCCCUCGGGCCGCAGCACCCCCACGUGGCCACCGGGUGCAGCAACCUGGUCCAGCUCCUCCAGGACCGGGGCCAGUGCGGCGCGGAGACCGAGGGGCUCAUGCGGCGGGCCCUGGCCAUCGGCGAGAAGGCCCUCGGGCCGCAGCACCCCGCCGUGGCCACCCGGUGCAACAACCUGGCCCGGCUCCUCCAGGACCAGGGCCAGUACGGCGCGGAGACCGAGGGGCUCAUGCGGCGGGCCCUGGCCAUCAGCGAGAAGGCCCUCGGGCCGCAGCACCCCGACGUGGCCAUCCGGUGCAACAACCUGGCCCGGCUCCUCCAGGACCGGGGCCAGUACGGCGCGGAGACCGAGGGGCUCAUGCGGCGGGCCCUGGCCAUCGGCGAGAAGGCCCUCGGGCCGCAGCACCCCGCCGUGGCCACCUACUCCAACAACCUGGCUGCGCUGCUGAGGGCCCGGGGGCAGUGCGGCGUACAGUAGCGAAUCUGCUCGGGAGCGGGGGGGUCCGAUCGCCGCACUUGCCGAUCCCGGGGGCUGGCUCGGGCAUGAGACGGCACCCGAGAGGCAGCGCGCUGCACAGAACAGCGCGUUGCAGAGCCACGAAGACGGCGGCCAGGGCCGGCUCCGCGGGGGGCGGCCUCGGCUCUCCGCGGGCCCGCCCUCUGCCCCGCAGCAGCCCAGCAGGUCGCAGCCUCCCGGCGUGCCUGCCUGCGUCUGCUGCCGAACUUCUGCCGGGCGCACGUGCGUGGCGCGUCCUGUCCUGGUGUGUUCCUGCGUCGUGAAUUGCCCGAGGGGGUUCGGAGCCUUGAUCGAGCCUGCCGUGGGCCUUUGCCCUGCAGCGCCAGCGCACUCCUCUUCCUCCCUAGUCUUUUCUCAUCCUCCCAGGCCGACGCUGUAGUCCGUUCCGGGGA